AUGGCUCCUCUUACACUCCACUCCAACUGCUUCAUCGUCUUCCUCCUCUUCAUCAACUCCUUCUCCUUCUCAAUUCAGAACACCCCAUUAAACAACUCUCUCUCCUUCUCUCUCUCUUACCUUCCUCUCUCUCACAAAUCCGCUGCAACUAAACUUCUACACAAUUCCCUCCCUCAAUCAACACCAUCAUCGACGUCGAAUCCCAAUCACAAGCUAUCGUUCAAGUAUUCAAUGGCUUUGAUUGUUUCUCUCCCAAUCGGAACUCCACCACAAGCGCAACAGAUGGUUUUAGACACCGGUAGCCAGUUAUCAUGGAUCCAGUGCCACAACAAAACCCCUACGGCGUCGUUUGAUCCGUCUCUCUCUUCCUCUUUCUCUAUCCUCCCCUGUAAUCACCCUAUUUGUAAACCACGAGUUCCCGAUUUUACCCUCCCCACCACCUGUGACCAAAAUCGCCUUUGCCACUACUCUUACUUCUACGCAGAUGGUACUCUCGCCGAGGGUAAUUUAGUCAGAGAAAAAAUUACGUUUUCUCGUUACCAAAGUACCCCUCCUAUCACCCUCGGAUGUGCUACUGCUUCCGACGAGGCCGAGGGUAUUUUGGGAAUGAACCUCGGACGAUUGUCCUUCGCUUCACAAGCUAAAAUUUCCAAUCAACACUCUCCCAAUUUUGACCCUUAUGCAUACACCCUCGGGUUAAACGGUAUCCGAAUCGGAGUGAAACGAUUAAAUAUUUCGCGAUCAGUGUUUCGACCGGACGCUGGUGGGUCCGGUCAGACACUGAUCGACUCAGGUACUGAGUACACGUACUUAGUGGACGAAGCGUAUAAAAAGAUCCGGGAAGAGAUUCUCCGACUCGCCGGGUCAAGAUACAAAAAAGGGUACGUGUACCGUGGAUCGUUGGAUUUGUGUUUUCAAGGAAAUGCGAUGGAGAUCGGACGGUUGAUAGGGAACAUGGUGUUUGAACUUGACAAGGGUGUGGAAGUAGUGAUUGGAAAAGAGAGGGUAUUGGAUGAUGUGGGCCGUGGGAUUAGUUGCUUGGGGAUCGGACGAUCGGAAGGACUAGGUGUUCCUAGUAAUAUUAUAGGGAAUUUUCAUCAACAAAAUCAGUGGGUGGAAUUUGAUAUUGUGAAUCGAAGAGUGGGGUUCGGUGUAGCUGAUUGUAGCAGAUCAGUGUGA